UAUUUAGUUCUUACAAAGUCCGCAAAGCUUCGACUUAACUGCGAGAGUCGUUCAUCUUUAUACGACCGGUGCUUCUGUGCAGGUUCCGCUGCAUGUGCUGACAUCAAGGUGCUCGGAGGACUCAUACAUUGAAUUGUUUUUAUAAUUACCAUUAUUGUGAACUGUUGUUACCCACGCAAACUUUUCGUUAUCGUAGCAGCUUCUUAUUCCGCUAGGAAAAACCUGUGACUACGUCAAAUAGAAGCAGUUCCGUCGGACAUUUUUUAAUUUACAAUAUUCGUUACACAAACUUUCCAUUGCUGUUUGAGUGAAGCAUUACUUUAGAAGUUAGGAGUAAGAAAAUGGUCAUGGAGGCAUCCCCUUCUCCACAAAAUGUCGGUCGUGAAUUUGUCCGACAAUAUUACACUUUACUUAAUCAGGCUCCAGCACACCUCCAUAGGUUUUACAAUCAGCAUUCUUCCUUCGUGCAUGGCGGACUCGAUUCCAAUAGAGAAUCAACUCCAGCAAUCGGUCAAAAGCAAAUACAUCAGAAAAUUCAGCAACUAAACUUUAGGGACUGUCACGCUAAAAUAAGUCAGGUUGAUUCACAGCUGACUCUUGAAAAUGGUGUUGUUGUACAAGUAUCUGGAGAACUCUCUAAUGCGGGCCAGCCAAUGCGUCGCUUCACGCAAACCUUUGUGUUGGCAAUACAAGCACCAAAAACAUACUAUGUACAUAACGAUAUAUUCCGUUACCAAGAUUUGAUCUUUCCUGACGAGGAGGAAGCAGAUGUAGGUGGUGUAGAAGGGGGUGUAGGUGAGUCCGGUGAGAGGGAAGGGGAGGAGGGAGGGCGUUCUGAGCCCGAGGAAGAUGAACAUCAAAAUCAAGGGCAGCAACUUUCAGCGCCAGCCACAUCUACCGAACCGCAAGUCCAGCCACCGCUUAUUCCUGCACAACAACCUGUACUUCAACAACAACAGCAAAUGUACUAUGCGCCACCACCACAACAGUCUCACGUACUUCCGGUGAUGCAACAAGUUUUAAAUGGUUCAGUUCAUGAAGAAACUCCUCUGAUCAGCCAACCACCACCACCACCACAGCAGCAGCAGCAACAACAACAGCAGCCGCCACCGCCGCCACCUGCACAGCAGCACCAGUAUAUUAAUGAAUCCUCGUCACAGACACAGUUUGUACAAGAAGCGGAGUUAGACAACUCGGCUGAGCAACAGCAACAAACCGAGAGUGAGGCACAAACUCAGUCCACUGAAAACCGUGAGCAGCCUGAGACUGAGACAUUUAAUACCACUACUCAGGAAUCUGAACCGGAACACCAAGUAUCAAAUACGAAUGUGACCAGUAGUGGACCAAAAACGUAUGCCAAUCUUGUAAAGUCCUUCCCGAGUACUACUGGUGCUACUAGUCCUCAGGCUCCCAAGUUGUCUAUGUCGCCGCCUCCAAUGACGAACUUGCGUUUGGAUGAUAGAUCACCGUUGCAUCCAUCUAACAGUGGUCCAGUGCUUGGUGCAUCGACUAAUGUUUCUACGCCUCAGCAGCAGACUCAUAGAGUUGGGAAUCAACAGCCACAGCAACAUCAACAGCAACGGGCUCCAAGAGGAGGAGGAGUACAACGAGACGGUGAUCGCCGUGGUACGAGGCAAAGUCAAUACAGUGACGCACACCAACUGUUUCUUGGAAAUUUGCCGCACAACGCGUCGGAGGAUGAUUUACGGCAAAUAUUCGAACCUUACGGCAGGGUAGUGGAGCUGCGAAUACACAGUAAACCGAAUGAUAGAUGCAAAGGACCGCAAGGAAAUAAUACAGGAAAAGUGCCUAAUUACGGAUUUAUCACCUUCGAAGACAAACAAGUUGUUAGCAUGGUGUUACAGAAUCUGCCGAUUUAUUAUCCUGCGGAGAAUGGACAAAAAUUAAAUGUGGAAGAGAAGAAAGUCAGGCCUAGGGGAACGAUAGACGGAAGCGGUGGUCGAUUAAAUGCAAACGACGCUAAUAUGAGAGCAAUGGGCGGACAACAACAGCAGCAACAACAGAGAGGCCCUGGUGGUCCCGGUGUAAUGAGAGGUGGACAACAUGGUGCGAGAGGUGGUCGCGGAGGAUUUUCACGAGGUGGCGACGGAGGAAGGGGAGGUGGUGGAAUGAGGCAACCUGGCAACCCAAGCAAUCCAAGCUACCAGAACCGCCGCUAAUAUAUGCAGCAACAUUAAAAGGCACUCCCGACUUUCUUUCUUCUCGACCAUCACCGAGUCACCGGUAUAUCACGACCAUCCCAUUUCCAAAACCACAAAAUCCAAGACUAUCUCGUAUGCCACAUGGUGUGAUUAAAGGCGCUAUCCUUUUACGCUUAAAACAACCAUCGCUUGCAUCGUUCGUCAAGCAACUGAACUAUAGAUGACGCAGCUCAAACUGUGUAUGGACCACGAACUCGAGUAGGAUCAAUCGGGUCUAUUGCAUUUAACUAUAAGUUCGUGGAUAAGGGGAUAAAUCAACGUUCAACCUAGCUCGUCGAAUAUUUAAAUGAGAAAUGCUACGAGUUCGUCCUUCAUACAUCGACGUCAAUCCACAAGACUUUACAAUGAUAGAAAGGUACAUCUACAUGUAUGCAUAUAACAACGAGCGACGCAUGAUGAUCAUCCAUGGCUAGAAACGUGGGCGUGUCCCGUCUCCCAGGUUUCUUCCAAGUCAACAAUACCCGAGAAGCAAAAGAAUUGUUGCGGAGUUCUGGUGCGAAGUGCGGGGAAGGGAACUGUGACAUGAUGAUAGGACUAAGGGGGAAAAAAUUAUGAACAGUGUCGGAGGACGUACACAGAUUACACACACUAGUACUUUCGUCUUUUUUUUGCGACGGGAGACGCGUCAUACAUGUCGCUCCUGAAAUUUUCUCCAUUCGCAGUUUAGGAGACACAAGCGGUGCGAAUUCCGCUUUCGUAUAAAAUAAGUCACGAGCCAAACUAAACGAAAUUAAUUGCGAGAGGAUACGAACCGUCUGAAUUGUGAGAAAUAUCGUAUCGCACACUUCAUAUGCUCUCGAGUUAAUUCAUUGACUGCCGAUGUGAAACGUUCCACCUACGAAUUUCCGUAGAGAAGUCGGCGAUAAUGUUUAUAUAGGUGGUAGAGUUUGCUCGGUGUUGGUUAAAAUGAAGCAGAGAACUGCGAUUGUUCUGUGUUCGCAUACAAAAAGGCACAGUGUCGACUUUUCUCGCGAACCGUUUGGCCAAUUAUCAAUCGACCGGUAUCGAUUGGUAAUGGGACAGUUAAUCUUAGACUGCAGCUGGUCUCGCCGUUUCCCGAAUCGCUAACCACUUACGCUCUGUUUCUGAUCUUUGUUCGAUUUCCUAUUUCUCGUGCAUCUUCUUUAACGUAUGCUCGUUUGCUUUUUCUUCUUUACGUUAUAUAUUUAUAUGAUUCCAAUUUGCCCAUUCAUACUUUUUCUUUUUUUUCUCCUUCUUUUUUCCUUUCUUUUACAUAGUCGAAUCGAUAAUGAUUUUUACUAUGAAAUUUUGGUUUUUGUAUUGAUACGAGUUUCUACAAAAUUUGUAAUGGUCUCUGGUGAUCGCAGAACUCGCAGCCAUUGGAAGGAAGAGGGAAAGAGGCCUAGUUCACUACAAAAAAAAAUUUUUUAGCUUGAGCUAUACCUAUUUAAUAAAGUUCACUAAAAUAUUAUAACUUUUCCUCGGUAUUAAUAUGACUGGCGUUAUUCUUAUAAUUAUAAUAUAUACAUAUAUAUUAUAUAUAUAUGAAAACGUAAAUAGAAAUUUCCAAAAGGGUAAACAAAAUCAGUUAGGAGUGAUAAAUGUUGUACAUGGAAAUAUGAAUAUUCUUUUUUUAGCUUGUACAGGGUAUUUCAGAAUAAGAAACGUAGGUUCGUUUAGCUGGUGGAGAUUGACACAAACAAAAAGUCCCUAAAAAAGAGAUCAAACUUUGUAAACACUCACUGUAAACACAUAUUGUAAAAUAGCUUAUGUUUUAAAAGUAUUCUUUACCGAUAAAGAACAUAAAAUCCAUCUACAAUAAGAUUUUACGAUUAAAUAGAUAAAUUUUCAAGAUUAAAAAUGAAUUUUUUAGGCACCCCAUACAUUAUUUCUUCUCGUAGUUCCAUUUAACUGGUGUUUGUCUGUAUUUCUGAAACGCCCUGUUAUAUAUAUAUAUACAUACAUACAUACAUACAUAUAUAUAUAUAUAUAUAU